UCUCAGACACGAAUAAAUUCUCUUCUUUUUCCUUUUUCAGCUUUUUUUCUCUAUUUAUUCAUUUUUUUUUUGUUUUUGUCGCAAAAUCAUUUAAAGCGACAGGUAGGCCAAAAACAAGGAGAGUGUGUGAAGUGAAGUGAAGUGUGAGCCCCAACCACCACACUCAAAGCUGGAAACUUUGUUCUUUCUUCUUCUUCUCCGCUCCGACCAAAGAUGCUUUGUCUCAAAUCCGAAGCCCUCCGUGAAGAUCAGACGUUAGCCUCAUCUUCUUCCUCUUCUCCCAGCAUCGAUCGUACCGCCGCAAAUGCCACUUUUCGUAUCCCCAUCAACUGGGGAAGCUCGAUCCGGAGGUAUUUGAAAAAGACUGGUACUUUCUCAAGGAGAUCUUACUCCUCUGGAGAUGGCUCUUUGUAUUUUCCUGAUCUAGAUGUAAAUAAUGAAAGCAAGAUUCUUGAUCAAACUAGUAGUAGAUUUGAAGGUAAAAGCAGAGUCUGGUACAAAUGUGAGCUUGAACAAGAUAUUAAGAAGCUGCAGCAGCAGUUACAAGAAGAGAUCAAUUUACGCUUCGCUCUUACAAGCGCUGUUGAGCACUCUAGUUCCCCCUUUAUGGAAUCACCUUGUCAACUUCCUGAUAAGGCACAAGAGCUUUUAGACAGUUUAGCAGUACUGGAGAUCACGGUGUCAAAGCUAGAACAAGAAUCAGUUUCCUUGAGAUAUUUACUAAGGCAAGAGAAGAACGAGCGGCGUCUCACUGAGAUCCUACAAAAGAAGAAGUCUCAUUAUUCUGCACCUUCAAAGUUCACUAAUGCACAAAGUUUCCCUAACAAGUUGGUGACAAGGAAAAGAGAGAGUAAACAAGUGGUUUCUGUGGAUGAUGAAGCUUUACAAAUAGACUGAAGAAGAAUAUAAAGAUUGAUGUGAUCGUAGCCUUAGUCAGAUUGUCAAAGAGUCUUGUAGAGUUUAUUCAUCACCCUGGUCCUAGCAUUGCCUUUCAGACUCAACAAGCUGGUCCUGAGCAUCGCUACAUCGAAAUCUUUGAAAGAAUACACAGCUAUUCUACGGCAGCUCUGUUCUAUAUUUGCUUAGAAUCUGGCGAUGUCCGAGAAGUUAAACGUCGAGUAAGGUUAUGCCCGGUAGGAGCAGCAAUGAGAAGCUUAUAUCUACUCUAUCAAAACAUAGAAUGCAUUGUUGUUAUCACUUGGCAAAUCAAUUGAUCAUUUAUUAUGUU